GCAGGGCGGCUGCCUUCGGCCGGCCGCGGGGAAACGGCUGGGUCUGGGCAUCGCUGAGGGGCCGGGGGCGGGACCCCGGGCGCGGCAGGGGGCGGCCGAGGACCCUGCUCCCACGCCGGCCCAGACCCCGGGUCUGGGACCCUGCCCCGUCCCUGGGCCUCACCUGGCGCAGGACCGGCCCGGACCCGGGCCCCAGGCGAGACUCGCAGGACUUCUUGGACAGGACCCCGCUCCCACCCUCUGAGCUUGGGGUGCCAUUGUGGGUGCCCCCUUCUCCUGGGGGACACCUGUCAUGGCAGUCACAGAGCUUGGGUGACAGCCUCCUGCUGAGCCCUGACCUUGGGGCUGUGGGCUGCCCCUGGGGGAGCCUUGGCAGCGCCCUGAAUCACAUCACCCUCCCAGAGCUGGCGGGCCGCCUACCCCUCCGCACAGCACUGCCCUUCCUGUUUCCAAACUCUAAACAGCUCCUGGCAGCUCCUGUUGGCUGCUGGUGUGGGCUCUGGGCAGGAAGGCCAGGCCCAGGCCCACAGGAUGUCUGGUGGCCAGGAAGGUAGCCCUGAGUGCCACCGGAGGCUGAAAACCAAGGCUCUGAGGAGGGGAGGGGAUGCUGGAAGUCUCGGAGAGCCGUUUUCCUAAGGCCAGGCACUGCUGCCCCCACCCCUGAGACAGGGUGAGCUCUCUUCUGGGGCUCCGCCUGAUGUCAGGCGUGCUGGGGCCUUGGGGCACGCAGCGCCUUCAGCACCUACUGGGCCCCAUCAGACCUAGGUGGUGGGCGGUGGGCAGGGCAGAGUGUGCUGGCCCAUUUUUCCCAAUGAAAGGACCAAGACUUAUGGUGAGUGACCUACCCAUAGAGUGGGAGGCAGAGCCUGCACAGGCUCCCCGGUGUCCUGUUCCUGGCUGGGGCUCUUACCACAGGUUAGAUGCUCCCUCACUGGGGGCCCCCACAGGGAACCCAGCACCAAAGGCACAGGAAUCCCCCAGGCCCAGUGGGACGCAAGUUUAUCCUGGACACCAGCUCUUAUCCUCUUACCUACCCUGCCGGAAUUUCCCGUCUUUGUUGUUGUCUGACCCCACCCUCCAACCAGAAUGUUGCCAUGACCAGGCUGGGCUGGUUUUCCGUCACCGAGCACCGAGUGCCUAGAAGAAUGCCUGGCUCUGGGGAGGGACGCAGCUCGUGAUUGUCCAACUAGUCAGAACAGACACUGCAGCGAGAGAGACAGGCAGUACACAAGUAAGCGAGGGGACGCACAAAGGGGUGUCUGUUGCGAGUGAGACACAGCAAAGUGGUUGGACCAGGCCUGAGUGAUGAGGAGGAGCCAGGCGCAGGUCUGUGGGCACCUGUCCCCAGCGAAGGGCAUGGCAGGGUCAGUGGGUGUGUCUGAGGGUGCCUCCCCAGCAGGGGGAGGUGGGCUUUCAGUGGACCCCAGCUGUUCCUUCCCUGCUGCUCCCGCCCUCUCCUCCAGGGAGUGAGCUGACUGUCAGGGAGAAGACAACCCACCAGCCCGACUCCCCUGCGUCUCAGUCCGUAUUGAAAAAUGGGUGACUUGGAGUCGGACUUCAACCUGAAAAUCGUCCUGGUCAGUUUCAAGCAGUGUCUGAAUGAGAAGGAGGAGGUGCUGCUAGACCCCUACCUCGCCGGCUGGAGGGGGCUGGUCAGGUUCCUGAAUAGCCUGGGCACCAUCUUCUCCUUCAUCUCCAAGGACCUGGUGACAAAGGUGCAGAUCUUGGAGUGCCUGCGCAGCAGCCCCCAGCAGGAGCACUACCUCAGCUUGCAGUCUAUGGUAGCCUACGAGGUGGGCCACCAGCUGGUGGACCUGCAGCGGCGCUCCCGCCACCCUGACUCGGGCUGCCGGACGGUGCUGCGGCUGCACCGGGCUCUGCGCUGGCUGCAGCUCUUCUUGGAGGGCCUACGCACCAGCCCCGAGGACGCAAGCACCGCCACGCUCUGCACCGACUCCUACAACGCCUCGCUGGCUGCCUACCAUCCCUGGGUCAUCCGCCAGGCCGUCAGCGUGGCCUUCUGCGCACUGCCCUCACGCAAGGCCUUCCUGGAGGCCAUGAACGUGGGGUCCCCCGAGCAGGCUGUGGAGAUGCUGGGCGAGGCCCUGCCCUUCAUUGAGCACGUGUACAGUGUCUCCCAGAAGCUCUAUGCCGAGCACGCUCUGCUGGACCUGCCCUAGGGGCUGGCAGCCCAGGCUGCACGCUUGCCCUCCUCCAGGACCUGACCAUCCCGCCAUGGAGCUCUCCAGGUGCCCCAGGAGCGGGAACAGUACUGUCCCCCUGCGAGCUGAGCCCGGGGGGAGCAACAGGCCCCGUGUGGCCCCCUUGGGCUGCAGACAGCAGGCAGGCGCUGGCCGUCUGCUCUACACCCGUCCCCUCGCUCUGCCCGUGGGCAGCUUAGCUUUGCCCUCAGCCAAGUCCCGCGUGUGUCCACUCAGAUGUCACCCAGGUGGGUGAAGUGCAGAAGGCAAGUGGGGGGCAGAAUCAGUGUUUCUGUGAAAGCCCAAGGGGCUGCCCUGGCCUGCACAUCCAGUCUGUGAAAUGGAGGAAGCCACCCGUCCUGGGAGUGCCGACUCCUCGCCAGCCGACAUGUCCAGCUGGUGUGUGUCCUUCCCAGGCCCUGGACACAGUGUCUGUGUCUGGCUGGGCUGCUUCUGGCCCCUCCAUACCUGACUGGCUGUUGCCAGGGCAGCAGCUGGCAUUGCAGCUCGCUCCCUGCCCCUCACCUUAUUGGCUGGGGGUGGUCCACGUCCUCAACAGUUGAUAGCCCAGAGCUGAAGCCCUGCACACACAUGAGCUGCCUCCUGCAGCCACACUGCUGCCCGGUGCUCCCCCAGGCAGCUGCCUGUGUGUCUACACAGCACAGCCCCUGGGAGCCCAUGACUCUGCUGGGCCAGCCAGCCUCUCCCUCCCCGGCAUCCAGCAAGAAGCCGCAUUCCCUCCUCCCUGCCCCUCGCUGCCCCGUCCGCAUGGAGCUCAGGACACGCAGGACACAUGGAGGGCCCUGAACCCUGUGCCUACUAGGCUGGAAAGUCAGCCACACCAAGCCCUUGGGAGCCUGGCCUGUUCCACUGGCUCUUCACUGUGAUCAGGGCCUUUUUGGCACCAAGUGCCGGUGUUCCCCAAAUGGCAGGUGUGCAUAAGUGGAGCCUGGGGGACCCCUGGAAAUUAUAACAUGGGUGAUGGGUUUUCUGACCUAAAUAAAUUGCAAUUACAGAA